CCCAAUUUGAAUUAGAGCCCUUUCUGCUCCUGACUCACACAGGGAAGGCAAGCAGUCCAAAAACACCGGAAUUUAGAAAUUUCCCAACAGAUUAAUGCAAGACACAAAGACACUGCAAAGAACAACUAAGACAAGCAAGAAGGGACAAUACUAGUUUGGUGAAUCAUGUCUCUGACUUGGCUUCUGCUGUAUACAUGCAUCCAUGCCAUUUAUGGCAUGAUAUUUUUCGGAGACAUGGCUGAUCAGGACAGCACCCUCAGUGUGAGCAUCCCUGUGGAACAGCCACUGCACCCCCUACUUGGCGGGAGCAUGGUCAUACCCUGCUACUUUCUGGACAACACUGUCCAGGACCCUGGUGCCCCAACCAUCGCCCCACUGUCCCACCGUAUUAAGUGGAGCUACAUCUACAAGGGCAGAAUAUCCCUUAUUCUGGUUGCCACCGGUGGCUUGGUGCACGUUCAGACCGACUACUUGGACCGGGUUCAUAUGGUAAACUACCCCAUGGUGCCAACUGAUGCUACUAUUGAGAUCUCAGAACUCCGCUCCAGUGACUCUGGCACCUACCGGUGUGAGGUCAUGCAGGGGAUUGAAGAUAACUAUGAUUCAGUGGGAAUGCAAGUUCAAGGUAUUGUGUUUCACUACCGAGCUAUUUCUACCCGAUAUACAUUGACAUUUGAGAUGGCAAAAGCAGCCUGCAUCCAGAACAGUGCUGUUAUUGCUACUCCCGCACAGUUGCAAGCUGCCUAUGAUGAUGGAUACCAUCAAUGUGAUGCUGGCUGGCUUUCAGAUCAAACUGUGAGGUAUCCUAUUCAUGAGCCAAGGGAGCCUUGCUAUGGAGACAAAGAAAAUUUUCCAGGGGUACGAACAUACGGAGUCCGAGACAUCAAUGAGACCUAUGAUGUGUACUGUUUUGCAGAAAAAAUGUCAGGCAAGGUUUUCUACUCCAUGUCUGUGGAGAAGUUCACCUUUGCAGAGGCUGAAGAUCAGUGUGCAAAGUUGGGAGCCCAAUUAGCCACCACGGGGCAACUGUACCUGGCAUGGAAGACUGGCAUGGAUGUGUGCAAUGCUGGCUGGCUAGCAGACCGGAGUGUGCGGUACCCCAUUAACAUAGCUCGACCCCAGUGUGGAGGGGGGCUUUUGGGAGUGCGAACGGUUUACCUGUUUCCAAAUCAGACUGGUUAUCCAUACCCAGACUCCCGCUAUGAUGCAAUCUGUUAUGAAGAAGACACUAAUAAAGUUUUAACAAAGACCUCACCAUUUCCUGAAAUAUACACUACCACCGAUUCCAUGUUCAGUGUGGCUACAGUCACCUCAAGCCCAUCAGACUAUACUGAAGACGUGACCACAGAAGGGGAGGCCCGUGGGCAACUGGUUACAGAUGAGCCUCUUAACACCACAAGCAUAGAAAGUCCCCUACUACUACCUUACAACAUAACUGAGGUUGAGGAGGAUGCCAUCAAAGUGGCCACAGCUCUGCCUUAUCUGGGAUAUGAGAUUGCCAAGGACAAUGUCACAGCUAAAACGAAGGGAGUGGUAUUCCACUAUCGGGCUGACUCGAGGCGCUAUGCUUACACCUUUGAGGAAGCACAAGUGGCGUGUCAGAAGCUGGGAGCAGUCAUAGCCACCCCUGAGCUCCUUCAGGCUGCUUAUGAAGCUGGCCUUCAUCAAUGCAGUGCAGGUUGGCUACAGGACCAAACUGUCAGGUAUCCAAUCGUGGAUCCUCGAAAGAAGUGCUCUGGAGAUCAGGAGGACACCCCUGGUGUGCGCUCCUACAAUGUUAGGCCUGCACAUGAGCGUUACGAUGUGUACUGUUACAUGGACCAAAUAAAGGGGGAGAUCUUCCAUGCAAGUUCACUAGCAGGUUUCACCUACUACGAAGCUGCUGCCCAUUGCAGAAAACUGGGUUCUACUCUAGCCUCAACUGGAGAACUAUAUGCAGCAUGGAAUCAGGGUUUCCACAAGUGCAGUCCUGGCUGGCUGGCUGAUCGCAGUGUCCGCUAUCCUGUGCGCAACCCAGGCUUCGGUUGUGGUGAAAACAAGACCGGAGUCAACACUAUUUAUGCUGAACCAAACCAAACAGGCUUCCCAAACCCAUACUCCAGAUAUGAUGCAUACUGCUUCAAAGCAAAUUUGUCUAUGCUCCUUGAUGAGGAUAUGUUGAAUGCUACAAGGAUAGAGAAGGAUCUUAACAUGACAUACCUUCAAGAGCUGCUGAGACCUGUUCGUCCAAUUGUCCCUCCCUUGAUUGUGGACCUGUCUGGAUCUGGAUCAGGUUCAGCAUCAGGAGAUCCUGAUUCCAGUUCUGGAUACAUGUCAGGGAGUGGCAUACCCAGUGGGAGCAUCUCAGGUUCUGGCCAAAGUGGUGAGGGAUCAGGUCACCUUGUGAGGUUCCAAGAAGGUGCAGAUACACUGAUAUUGCAGACUUCUGCCUCAGGCAGUGCUUCGGAGGCUAAAGAAGGUAGUGGCAGUGGUAGUGGUGCUAUCAUUGCUUCAGAAAUAGAAUCAGGGGACCAAGAAUCUGGAGAGGAGUCUGGCCUCUUCCAAGCACAAAGUGGAGCUAGUGGCCUUCCAUCGGGACUCAGCAGUGGAAUUAGCGGUUCAGGAACAAGUGGAUUCUUCAGUGGUGGGGAAACGAGUGGGUCAGGUGUGUCAUUUAUAGACACAGAAAUGAUUGAUCUGACUGCAAGACCGUCUGGAGAACAGGAAUUGUCUGGUAUAAACCCAUUUGACUUGACUGAUAUUAGUGGUUCUGGCUUUCCCUCUGGCUUUGGAUCUGGCUCUGCCAUUGACUUUGGAUCUGGCUCUGCCUCUGGCUUUGAAUCUGGUUCUGCCUCUGGAUUUGGAUUUGGAUCUGGCUCUGCUUCUGGCUUUGGGUCUGGUUCUGCCUCUGGAUUUGGAUCUGGCUCUGCCUCUGAAACCUCAAGUUAUCCCAGUCAACCCUCAGGUGAGGUGUCUGGCCACAUUCAGAAACAAGAUGGAGAGAUUGUCAUUCUAAUAGACAAUGAGGUAAUUGAGUUGACAUUUAGUUCUACCAUUGGACCAGAACAGGGUCGUGGAUCAGUGGAGAUCAGUGGAGAGGGCAGUAGUCAAGCACAAUAUGUUGAGGAGAUCUCCAUAUCUCUUUCUAAUAGAACUUUAUAUGAAGAUUACUGGAAUCCCAAUGAAGCAGAUGAUCCCCUACCAGAAAGAAAUGAGCAACUUAAUUUCACCACACAGGUGUCUGAUCAGUCACCUCUGAACACCACACCACCCACCACUGUAUUCACCACUUCACCUUCAGCUUCACAACAAACGUCAAAAGCUAUGGAAGAGCCAUCUGUUACUAAUGCUUCUGCUAACUCCUGUGAUCCAAACCCCUGUGGUCAUGGUUUAUGCUCUCUACAAGAUGGCAGUGCAGUAUGUCUGUGUCAUCCAGGAUUUAGUGGGGAAAACUGCUCAACACUGAUAAAGGGAUGUGCCGAGGGGUGGAUGGAGUUUAUGGGCAGCUGUUACAUCCAUUUUGAUGAGCGUGAGACCUGGACCAGUGCUGAGCAGCGCUGUCAAGAGCUAAACUCUCACCUGGUUAGCAUAUCCUCCCGACAAGAACAAGAGUUUGUAAGAACUCAAGCUCACGACUAUCAAUGGAUUGGACUAAAUGACAGGGAUGAACAAAAUCAGUUUCGCUGGACAGAUGGAAGUCCUAUGGAAUAUGAAAACUGGAGACCCAACCAGCCAGAUGAUUACUUCAGCACAGGAGAAGACUGUGUUGUAAUGAUAUGGCAUGAGGAUGGCCAGUGGAAUGAUGUACCUUGCAACUAUCAUCUUCCUUUUACCUGCAAGAGUGGGCCUGUCACAUGUUCAUCACCUCCUGAAGUGAAGAAUGCCAGGAUGUUAGGCAACAGGAAAGAUCGCUACCCUGCUAACUCCAUCAUUCGAUACCAGUGUGACAGCGGAUUCACACAGCGUCACCUUUCUGUAGUGCACUGCUUACCUGAUGGUCAGUGGGAGGAGCCUCAAGUGGAAUGCAUAAAAGGCAAAACAAACAACAGGCUACGGAAAAGAUUCCUCAAGGCACUUACCAAGGCAGUCAAUGGUCAGACGUGGAGGAAGGUCCUCUAAACAGGAUGAAAAACACACACUUUAAUACAUCCAGAGGACUGUUAUCAUCUGUACAGAAGCCUUAUUUACUCAAAAGAAAAUCUCAAUGACAAGGGAAUAACCUUAUGUAGUGACACACUUUAUUUAGCCUGUCUGGCUGGCUGAUUGGUUUACAAGUUCUACUCAUAGCUCUGUUUUGGGGAGAAGAAGAAAAAAAGAUAUCUGUGUUCAUUUAAAUUUAUUUGGCAUUUUAGGAUUGUAUUUCUACCACUUUUUACCCUAACCCAUAAAUGCUAGGUCACAAGAGAUAAUCUAAUCUAUAAAGAAUAUUAAAUUGCA